GUGGCCUUCCUCAUCUUCCUGAUCUGGAAGCUCCCUUCUGCUCGCGCUAAGAUCCGUCUGACCUCCAGCCCCAUAUUCGUGGCCUUUUAUAUCCUGGUGUUCGUGGUGGCAGCUGUAGGAAUCACUCGUGCCAUCGUCUCCAUGACCGUCAGCACAUCCAGCGCCGCCACACUCAUAGACAAGGUGCUUUGGGAAAUUACACGGUUCUUUUUAUUGGCUAUUGAGCUCAGCGUCAUCAUACUCGGACUGGCUUUUGGUCAUCUGGAGAGCAAGUCCAGCAUCAAGCGUGUGUUGGCCAUCACUGCGGUCCUGGCUCUGGGCUACUCCAUCACACAGGGGACUCUAGAGAUUCGUUUCCCAGACAAACAUCUCUCCGCUAAAGACUUCAACAUCUACGGUCACGGCGGGAGACACUUCUGGUUGGCCAGCUCAUGUUUCUUUUUCUUGGUGUAUUCCCUGAUAGUCAUCCUACCUAAAACUCCAGUCAGAGAGCGGAUCUCGUUGCCAUCCAAGAGGGGUUUUUAUGUGUACGCUGCAAUCCUGUCGCUGCUGAAUCUGGUUCAGGGUUUGGGAAGCGCUCUGCUGUGUGCCGACAUCAUCGAAGGCCUGUGCUGUGUGGAUGUGACCACAUUCCUGUACUUUUCCGUCUUUGCUCCUCUGAUCUAUGUGACGUUCCUCAAAGGAUUCUUCGGUUCCGAGCCCAAGAUCCUCUUCUCCUACAAGUCCCAAAUCGAUGAGCCGGAAGACUCGGAUGUUCAUCUUCCCAACACCUCGUCCUCGGGCCUGGGCCGAAAGGAUCUGGACCACGGCUCGUACUCCAGCACACAGAUCGACGGCUCUGGAGCGUAUCUGGACGACGUGGUGUCGGGGCCCUACAGCGGAGCACACAGCAUCAACAGCAUCGACUCGGACCGCUGGAGGGCCCUCAACGCCUGAACACACACACACACCAACACUUGAGCUCAGUCUGUAAUGUGCGG